GCGGUUUUGCGCAGUUUGACGAACCCGUUCGUAUACAGCGUCCGUGCUGUAAACAUGUUUCGUAAUAAUAAACGACUUUAGAAUAUUUUAGUAAAACGUUUUUUCUAAUUAUUAUUCGUUCGUUUGUAUUUUUUAUUUUUUCGUCUUCACCACCACCGACAACACGUUAGCGGCAAUAACAGUAAUUUGUCCCCAAAAGUUUGGCAUCGCUAUCUGAACGUUAAACACGACAAGCGAUCGUAAAUCAGAAAAGUUCAUAGAUCAUGGAAAAAUCAGUUUUAAAACAAUUUCGAAUACCUGAAAGUAACACAAAUCAGAAAGAAGAGAACGUUAUGGAACCGACUGGUUCUCCAAAUCACCCUGAAAUACAAAAAAAUAUCAAUGGUUUAUCCGAUCCUCCGAGCGCAGGGAAGGGUAAUUCCUCGACACAAAUUGUUCAACCCACUGAAGACAACGAACUAAUUAUAAAUAACAAAAAUGGAGUUUUUGACAAUUUACUUGGAGACUCCGAUGACGACACUUUGAAAGCUUUUGAUUUGUAUAGAAAAAAGAAACUUUUAACUCAAAGCAUGAUGGACAUUGCGUUGUUUUCCGCAAACGCCAAUCAGUUGAGGCAUGUCAUGGAGACAUUUGAUGGCCAAUAUAUUUCGUUAAUUUGUGUAGUACUUUUAUCGUUGAGUAUAAUCUUGCAAAUUUUGGUUGGCAUAACUAUGCUUUUGAGUAUUCGGUACAAUGUAACUAAUUGCGAAGAGCGAAAGAUGGCAUUCACGUACGGAAACUAUGUUAUUGUCGGCAUAUUCCUCAUAACUGUUGUUAAUAUUUUAAUAUCUGCAUUUGGAAAACCAGCGUGACCGUACUCAUAUAAAUACAUAUUAUUAUGGGUGUAAUAGCUAAUCAUUUUUUUUUGGGGGGGGGGAAUAAAACCCACCCCUUAUUUGCGCAAUUUGUGCCAAUGUAUAUAUACAACAUAUCAUUAUUAUGCGGUAUACCAUAUUAUACGUGCAUAUUAACGAAUACAAAAUUAAAUUUAAUCGUAUCAAUUUGACUUUUGCUAAUAUUUAAAAUUAAAAAUAAAAUGUAUUUAUUUGAAAAUCAGCUCAUUAUACCUACUUAUUGACUGCUAUACUCCUAGAUGGCGAAUACUUGAUUGAAUUAUGAAACUAGUAACUACCACAGAUACUGCCACACGAUAUGGAUGAUGAACAUAAUAAUAUUAAUAUAUUAUAUUAAUCCACACAUAAUAUCUCAAUAUCUGUAUUCACGAUUAAAAUUUGUCACUGCCAUUUAUUUAUGUAUCGGUUAUUAAACUUGCCAUAGUGAAAUACAUUUAAUAAGGAUAUUAUAAAAUAUUAUAUAUAUGAACCUACAAUAUAAUUUUUUUUUGUACACAUUAUAAAGUUACGGGUGCUAACAAUUAGUAUAAUUAGUGAUUAAUAAUUUUAUUUUAUUUUUCUAAAAAAAAAAUGUAUAUUAUACAAAUAAAAUAAAAUAUAUUUUAAAUGUUAUUUUAACACUAGCCAAAUUUAUGAAUUAUAUAUUUUGGCUUAUUCAUAAAAUUAUACAUGUAAUUUAAAUUAUUUGAUAUUAUAUAAUAUUUACAAUAUAUAAAUGUCUUAAGUGAGUACCUAAUACACUUUGUACACAAUGCAAAAGCUAUAAUGUUAUACUAAAUACAAUAUUUUUUAAAAGUAAUACUUGAAGAAUAUUACCGUGAAUAAUAUUGAUUAUAAGGCUGGGAAUCAACUACUUAAUUUAUUGUUUACAUUUUUAUUUAAUAUUGAUAACGGAUUACUUAUAUUUAUCACGCACUGAUUUACUUAUAAUUUCAUAAGUUACUUUUUUGUGUUAAUUUCGAAUUCAUUCCAGUUAGAGAUGUAAGCUUGAAAAUUAUUUUUUUCAUUGAAAUUUUCUGAAAAUUUUUAGCUAGCUACAUUGAAAAUUUUCAAUGACUGAAAUUUGCGGUUUUCGUAAUAAAUAAUAAUAAUAAUAACUGUGAUAAUAACGAUAGUGAUAACUGAUAAAUGAUAAUAUACCGACUAUUUCUAUUUAUAGUUCUAUUUGUGGGUAUGUUUGUUGUUUAUUGUAAGUGAUUACUGAUUACCAGAUAAUUAGCCAGUAUGGAUAAAAGCGUGAAUUGUGAAUAAACUUAGAUGUUGUGUAGUGUACAUGUUUGAUUAAAUUCGUAUUUAUCUGUUACAUUAUUAUUUAAUUAAUAACAUGGGUAAAAAUUAAAAAGUGCGCUGUUUCAUUUUACUCAGGAAACUAACCAAGUUGGUGAUAUAGGUAGUAGAAAAGAGAUGUACAUUUGUAACUAUUGCAAAUGGAAAACAGUUAUAAAUUUUACUAGGAUGUUUGAACAUUUAUUAAAAAAAAUGUUCAAAAUGUCCACCAAUUGUUACGCAAACAUCGGGUCUAAGUCAAUUAACACAUGUACGUAGAAAUUCAGACUCUGACUCCGAUUCAGUAAAUAUAACCACAUCAUCCGUUCAAACAAAAGUACCAAUGAAUAUAAUGAAAUUUGUGAAUUCAAUCAUUAACCGGGUAAGGUUAAGAGUUAAGAUGGUAAUUUAUAAUAUUGAGACCUGAGGGUAUUAAAUAUUUUUAGAUUGUGAUAGACCAACAUUUUGCCAGAGCAAUUUACUCAAGUGGUACACCAUUUCAUGCAGUUGAAAAUGAACACUGGCAAUUAUUUUUCAAUAAAAUCUGUCCAGCUUGGAAAAUUCCGUCACGUUAUGUUAUUUUAAACAAUUAUCUUGAA